AUGGUCAUUUGGAAUCUGUCAUUCUCACCCUAUGCCAACUGCCAACAAGAAGCCAUUACUACCCUUCCACACAUGCUGUGCUUCCCUGUCAGCCUUAUGGGGCUGCUGCACUUUAGAAACACGUUCUCCACACAUGCCGAUGCGCUAAACCAAAAGUUCUUCUUUAUACCAUCCAUGUCCCAAGGGCUCUGCUGCGGGCCAUUGCCCAUUGACAUCGUCACUCAUACCCUUGUGUCAGUUGAUUCCAGACACAGCCCAUUUCGUCAUAUCAUCGAGCCCCAGCCCCUACCAGCCAAGCCAAGGUUUGGGUUGAUUCCAAGCGUCCGGUUCGUCUUAUUCGUCGUAUAUGCCGAAUCUCAUUUGCAAGAUGAAACCGUCCCACCUCGAACACAGGUUGCGACAACAACAUGCCAGACUCCUGAAUCUAUCACCUCAACUCAAUGUAGCAAUGAGAGACCAUACUGCCACAAAUGCAUAGCAGGUGGAAAGGAAUGCGAAGGAUACCAAAGGGAACGAGUCUUCAUCACCGGAACACCGCAGAAUAAGGGGAGAGUCGCUUCCCAUCCCAAGAAGGGGUCGUCGUCCAAGAAGAAAAGGUCGCCGUCAUCCAAAGAACCGCCACGAGCUCUCGACCUUACCCCAACCCAACCUCUGACUUCGGCUUGGGAUAGCCAUACACUCGUGUCGAACCAUGGUGCUGAGUAUUCAAUUCUCGUCUCGGCCCUCAACGCUAGGCUCCCCUAUCCAUUGCCGAACGACUCCGCUCUGGAUGAGCCAUCGUCGCCUUUCCAAAUCACGUUUCCACCAUACACACCGACUGAAAUACAGCCUUUGAUAGGUGGAGGAGACCUCAACGUUAGGGCGCAAUGUUUGGCGCGAAUACCAAGUGUUCAUGAUCAAGAUGACUCGGCACAGAGUUAUUGUGUCUUCUUCUUCGAGCAUGAAGCAGCAUAUGCGUUUGACGAAUCUGGAUCCAACCGGGUGAGAAGGUUGGGUCCGGCCUAUUUCAGCCAUUUCCCUAACCAUCAUUUCUUCGUCCGGGUAUAUCGACCUCUAGCUGAUUGGAGAACGAUCCCAUGGCAAAGCCACCCAAAGUCUCUUCUGGACAGCCUCCUGGACUACGUCCUUUUUCUGCCAGCAAUUCUUGCUCAAGUCGAUCGUAUCACGCCGGUGGAAGCAACGCUCAGUCGACGAUACCAUGCUCAACAGCUCCUUCGCAAUUGUCUUUCGCUUGAAAAACAAUUCAAUGCUUGGUUCCAGGUGGCAACCCGAUCCAGUUACGGAUAUCCUAUGGCUUACUGGGUCGAUGAAUUCAGCAACCCCAGUGGUCUUCUUCCAUUCUCAAAUCUGUACACCUUUAAAGACGGAAACACCGGGCUUGCAUUUCUGUAUUACUGGAUGACACAAAUUAUCUUUCAUCGAUGCAUUGAGAAUCUGCACCGAAUCAUUUAUCAGCCGGCCAUUGAUGCAUAUCCAGAUAUGUGGCCCAAUUUACCGUAUGACUUGCAGGUUGAUAUUACUCAAUAUAAGCAUGGAUGCCUGUUUGCUGCGGAUAUUUGUCGCGGGCUCGAUUCAGUCCUCCACGAGACGGAUCAGCCUGACAUGCUGAUCUUGCCCAUGAAAGUAGCGAUGGACUUUUAUAAAGACAUCCAUGCGACUUCGCAGGACGGCCUUAUGGAAAUAAUGUGGAUCGAAAACUUCCGGUCGCGAUUAGCCGAGAAAGGACAGCAUGUUGCUGGUGUUUUGCAAAGUCAGAAGUGGUCCGAAGUUGCAACUUUCUGA